UGGCCCGGGGCGGAGCGGGCGUCCCCGGCCCGCCUCCCUGUGGCGGCCUCCCCGGGCAUUCCCCGCGGUGUCGGAGAGUAUUUUCUCAGUGAUAACUAAGAAAGAAAGCAGGUCACUGGGCACUUCCCCCCAUUGUUUCCCCUUUUUAUCGCCGGCUGAACAACCACAGCUGCCCCCCAGGGCCAAGCCCGGCGGUCUGAACACAGGAAGCCCGGGCUCCCAGAAGCCGGCCUCUCGGCGAGGGCACUGAACACGGCCAGAACCUGUGAACACCUGACCCGACGGAUGUCGGAUCCUCCCGUUCCGGAAAGGUCAGGCCCGGGUGCGAGGCUGGGGAGGAGGGCACAGGUGCUGCCCCAAGUGCUGCCGGAGAGCCGUCCGGGGGCCCCCCGAGGCCGGGGCCCCACCGGCGACUCACGCCUUCCUGAGCUUGUUGCCUCAGCGGGAAAUCCAGCCAAGUGUCCCGUGUGCCCUCCCUCACAGGCCAACAGAGAGGGCCAGACAAACUGUAAAGUGCUGUGUCAGCUACCGCGGUGUCAGUGGGCGCUCCUCUGGCCCCGCGCUCCGCCCCCGGCAGGGCGGUGUCCUGAGAGCGGCUCCCCCGGCAGGCCUAGGGGUGCGAGGCCAGGAGGACUGGCAGGAGCGGACGUGGCCGUGGCCAGCCCCGGCGUGGCAGGAGACACCCCUUCUCCCGCCAGCGAGGGGCUCCUCCUCAGUUUUGGAGGACAUUUUCAAGGUCACCUGGGUCAUCCUUCCAUCAUAUUCUGGGCUGUUUCCAGCAGGCCCCAUGGUCCUGGUGGGACGCUCUCCCUGAGGAACGUUCCGGUUCUGGAGACCGCUGACAGCCACACAGUUCCUGGAUUUCACCUGCAGGUCUUGGCCACACCCCUUCAGAGGAUGCACGUCACAUACAAGUCCUCUCUGCCACGGCAGCCCCUAAACGAUGUGAGGAGCAGGAGUGUGUUUGUCGAGCGGCACCCGGCGAACAAACACCGGCACAGGAGCACACCGCAGACUGGCGUGGAGAAGAGGCCCGGGAAGCAGAGGCCGCUGCUCGGACAUACUAUUGUGUUUUCUGUGGAGAAGAAAGAGGUGGGACACCUCCGUCUGGCCCUGGGCACAGGUAGCAGGCGGGGCACAGGGGUGGGCAGAGGUGGGACCGCUGGGGGAGGGUCCGCUGGGGGUGACCGAGUGACCCCGGUGCCCCUGCGGGUGACAGAGUGA